ACUUGCCGACUGGAGGUACUAAAUAUGAUGACAAUGUCUAGUGAUAUACCAGACGAGAAAGAUUUGGUAAAACGGGUUCCCAAACCCCUCAUGGAGAAGAGGAGGAGAGACCGUAUUAAUCACAGUUUAGAAACAUUAAGGCUUCUGUUGGUGGAGAACACAUGUAAUGAGAAACUGAAGAAUCCCAAAGUGGAAAAAGCAGAAAUCCUGGAAAGCGUUGUAAAUUUCCUGAAGGCAGAGCAGCAGCAAUCCAGGCCUUACUCAUAUUCCAUCAAAAGAGAAAAAAGAAAAUAUGAGGAAGAAGACGAGUACGGAUCUCCUUGUAAACGUCAGCUAAACUACAAUGAUGGGAUGAGAACAUGUCUACGCAGAGUCAGCAAUUUUAUUGCAAGCAAGAGCCAAGAAUUAGAGGGGAGUAUGCCAGUGACCAUGCAACAGGAACAUUCCAUUCAAGGACAUCUCUCGCCAGCUCUGCACCUCAGAUACCAUGGCAGGUCCAUACCAGGGCAGCAGGCAUUUACUUAUGUGGAGUCAACCAGCUCUUGCAUGCCACUGGGUCAUUCUUUGCUUUCUCACAGGACUGACAUAUAUGAGCCUACAAAGAAGACAAUGUCCAGCUCUAAACAGCCUUUGAUGCCAAGUGAUUCUGUGUGGAGGCCUUGGCCACAGUGACAACCCGACAUAAAAAAAAUCAAAAACUGACCAGAAUCCUUAAAAGAUUAAAUUUAUCAACAACUCAUAAUGCUUACAAAUCAUUUCUAUGAAAAAGACUGAAAUGUAAAUGUACAUCAU